UCGGAUAUAUGUAACAAACAAAUUAAAUAUAUAGCCGUGCCCCAAAAAUCAAAUAAAAUCAGAUCAAGAAAGAGGAUCGGAGAAAUCAGAAUAUUAUUGGAGCAGAUCGAGAAGAUGUACGUGACAAGGCCUCUUUCGAUGUACAGAAAUGAGGGCGCUACUUCGGCAGCGCCGGUGCCGGCGGCGUUGGUGGAGGGUCCAAAUACGGGGGUUCUGGUGAUAGAAGAUGAAGCGGCGGAAUCGAGAUGGCUUUUUGGGUUGCUUAAGAGGAAGUCGGUGAAGGCGCCGCCCUUCCCUCAGAACAAGAUAAUGGAGCUUCGCUAUACCAUAAACUCAGGGGAGCACCAGCACACCGAUUACUUCUACGCGCUGCUCAUUCCCGUUAUCAAUCGCCCCUUGUCUUCCAACAAAUAUUACGUCAUCAAAUCUCGCGGCAAAACAAAAGGGCUAGCAUGUACAAGUUCAAAGGAAGACGAUGAGACCAGCUGCUGUUGCUUUGGCAUCCCUGAUACACCACCACAACUCUUCGACCCAACAAAUGCCUACCAACAGUUCCAAAUCAGUAAUUAUGUACAGUGUGCAGGGCCCUGUGGUUUUAUGGCCAACUCCAUAGCUCCUGACGGGGUUCCACCCCGUUUCCUUAGGCGCAGGGGCUGGAGAGCUUAUACCAAAACCUUCAAGAACAAAAACUUGGAGCUCACCCAAGCGCUCGGCCUUGACGCCGCGCUGCGUGCCCACCUCCCAGCUCUCAACUUCUCGCUGCCGGCCAAAUCUUCGGACCCGGUGGUGGUGGGGAAGUGGUACUGCCCUUUCAUUUUCGUUCGGGAUGGAGAGGUUGGCUCUCAGGUGAGUAACUCGCCGUACUAUGAAAUGACCCUCCAACAGAGUUGGGAGGAGAUAUUUGGGUGUGGGAAUUUGGGGGGAGGUGAGCGAGGGGUGGAUUUUGAUGUGUCUGUGGAAAAGGAAGUGAUUUUGAUUGCGGGUCAGCGGACCGAUGGUAGAGAAGUUGGUGAUGGGGUUGUGUGGUUCGGGUCGUGGGGGGUUGGGCUGAGCUUGGCGAUUGUGGAGAGAGUGAAAUGGGAGGAGGAGAGGGCGGGAUUUGAAUUUGGAAAAGAAAAGGAAAAGAAAUAUGUGAAGGUGAAGAGAAGAGAGGAGUAUGGAGGGGUAGGAGAGUGGAAGAGAUUUGGGUGUUAUGUGUUAAUUGAGAGGUUUGUGCUCAAGAGAAUGGAUGGAAGCUUAGUUCUUACUUGGGAAUUUAAGCACACUCAUCAAAUUAGGACCAAAUGGGAGUGAUUAGAAUCAUAUUAAUUAUUAUGUAUUGGUUGUUGAUCUUGUUAUACUUUGGUUGGGUAGAAUCAUUGUAAUUUAUAAUGGAGUUCACCAUUUCCAGAUAUAGUUAGUUAACUAAGGGACAUAUGAAUUUUGUAUUAUAAUUUUUAGAAAUAAGUUCAAGUUGAUUUGUAUUUCUUUUAUGAUCAAUUAAAAUGACCCGUUUAGAUGGA